UGAUGGAGCCACUUUACAUUCAUCUCCUGCUUCUCUGCAAGGUGCUUAAUGUUUUGAACACAUUAGAUAUUAUUCAGGAUUCUGGAGUUCGGACAGCUAAAGCUGGUGAGACAGUGACUUUACCAUGCUCCUGUCAGCAUAAUGCCAUCACUUAUCUUUACUGGUACUACCAAAUCCAGGGAGAAAAACCUCGUAUCAUAUCAAAACGGAUGAAGCACGACCCGGAAGCCGACAUUUCCCCUGCAUAUAAAGAAAGAUUUCGAGUUCUUGUGAAGCCCAACGCUGGCGUCAAUGAUCUGAUGAUCAUGGAUCUUCAGCCUUCGGAUUCAGGAACGUAUUACUGCGCGAUGUUAGAGUUCAGUGCCAUUGAAUUCGGACGAGGAGUUUUCCUCCAUGUCAAGACAUCUUCAUCGAACGCUCAGCCGUCCAAACAACAGCCAACGCUGAAGAAGGUUCUAAGACUCGGGGACUCUGUGAAUUUGAGCUGUAGCGUGUCUGCUGAGCCCUGCGAAGGGGAACGGAACCUCUACUGGUUCAGACGUACCGCCUCCCAACCGCCACUCAUGUAUCCCAGUGAAGGACUCUGUACAAGCCUUUCUAAUGGAACCCUCUACGGUAUAAACUGCAUUUCGAGCCUCGAGUUGGAUCCCGUGAGGUCCUCGGAUGCUGGGACCUACCACUGCGCUCUGGCCUCCUGUGGGUCGGUUGUAUUUGGAGGGGGAACAAAGGUGGAGAUCUCAGUGCCUUCAGUAGUUCUGGGUUCCCUAAGCGUUGCUCUCGUGCUUUCCACCAUCGGGCUCCUUGUUUUAAGCUUCCUGAGGUACAAACUGAAGUCAAAGUUAUGCUCUUCCUGCAAAGGGACGGGUAAACACCGGAUGUGUUGUGAGGCCCGAGACGGUGCUGUGAGUCAACGCAAAUGUUCUUGUUCCCUUAUUUCACUUAACUUCCUCUACCUUUACCUGAACUUUUUUUUUUCUUUUUUUUGUCAAAAGCAGGAGAAUCAGACAGAAAGCCUCCAUUAUGCAGCUCUGAAGCUGAAGAGAAGCGUUGAGAGACAGCAGCAAGAGGACAACGUCGAGAGUGCCUGUGUGUACUCCAGAGUACGGAGCAGAAAAGAAUAAAGCACAACGGUCGACAUGAAGGAAAUCAGCACCUACCAAAAUAUUUGAAUGAAAUAAAGUGCUUUUUUUGUCACCUUUGUGUGUUGUUUGAGUUCUGCAAAAUGCCCCCUGGCUUCUGAGCUCACAUGCUAAUACCUGGUUAAAAUAAAGGAA